AUGAGUAACCAAGGAGUUACCUAUGCAGAACUCAAUCAGGUUAAGGGCUCAAAAAGACAGCAAAUGAAAGCUAAGGGCACUAAAAGUUCCAUUUCAAUAACUGAACAGGAAAUAACCUAUGCAGAAUUAAAUCUUCAAAAUGCUUCUCAGGAUCUUCAAGGGAAUGGCAAGAAUUACCCGUGGAAAGAUAUACCUUCAUGUUCAGGGAAGCUUGUUGCUGGGAUCUUGGGAAUCAUCUGCCUUGUCUUGAUGUCCACUGUUGUCACAAUAGCUGUUAUUCCCUCAUUUCAUUGUCCAAAAGAUUGGAUUACAUAUUCCAACAAUUGCUAUUACAUUAGUACUGAAAGAAAAUCAUGGAAUGAGAGCUGGUCAUCCUGUGCUUCUAAGAGCUCUAAACUGUUCCACCUGGAUGAUGAAGAGGAAAUG